AUGGAGGGAUUCAACCAUUCUGGAGUAUCUGAAUUUGUAUUACUUGGACUUACUGAUUCUCCUGAGCUCCAGAUUUUUUUCUUUGUGAUGUUUUCUGUUUUCUAUUUACUAACUAUGUUGGGCAACUGCUUGAUUUUGCUCACAGUCCUAUGCACCCCACACCUUCACUCCCCCAUGUAUUUCCUCCUCAGCAACCUGUCUCUCAUUGACAUGUGCUUGUCCUCCUUUGCCACUCCAAAGAUGAUCAUGGACUUCUUUGCUGAGCAUAAGACCAUCUCCUUUGAGGGCUGCAUUUCUCAGAUCUUCUUUUUGCACCUUUUCACUGGGACUGAGAUUGUGCUGCUGAUCUCCAUGUCUUUUGACAGGUACAUUGCCAUAUGCAAACCUCUCCAUUAUUCAACAAUUAUGAGCCAAAGAGUGUGUGUUGGGCUUGUGGUAACUUCUUGGACAGUGGGCUUCCUGCAUACAAUGAGCCAGUUAGCUUUUACUCUCUGUUUACCCUUCUGUGGUCCCAAUGUUGUAGACAGUUUCUUCUGUGACCUUCCUUUGGUCAUCCAGCUGGCUUGUAUAGAUAUCUAUGUUCUUGGAAUCUUCAUGAUCUCAACUAGUGGUGUGAUUGCUCUUGUAAGCUUUCUGCUUUUGCUCACCUCCUACGUCAUUGUUCUUGUCACUAUCAAGGACCACUCCUCCACAGGAUCAUCUAAGGUUUUUUCUACCUGUACUGCACAUUUCCUAGUUGUGUUAAUGUUCUUUGGGCCCUGCAUCUUCAUCUAUGUGUGGCCUUUCACCAACUUCCUGGUGGACAAAGUUCUGUCUGUUUUCUAUACCAUCUUUACCCCCUUUCUGAAUCCACUUAUCUAUACUUUGAGAAACCAGGAAAUGAAGACGGCUGUGAAGAAGAAACUAAGAAACCAAUACCUAAAUCUUGGGAAAACUUCUCCAAGAUAUCCAGUGCAAUCAAUCUCCUGA